GGAAACAUCAGCCAGUAGCCACAGGCUGAGAGGCAGAAAGUGGACGGUGAGCCUGGUCGAGGGGACAAAGAAGUGGCUGCUCUGCCUUGCACUAGCUGUAUGUCUUUAGGCAAAUCAGUUGCCCUCUCUGGGGAAACAGAGAUGGUUAAGGACCUCUUAAAGUUCCUUUCCACAGAAUGUAGCAGAGUUCAAGGGCAGGGCGUCUGAAGUCAGAGACCAGAGUUCAGGUCUCAACUUUAUUCUGCCUAGAGCUGGGCCUCAGACCUCCUUGCCUGCUUCUCUCAGUCUCAGUUUCCCCAACUCCAAUCAAGGAUCUUGGUGCCAUCCUCACUGGGCUACAGAAGCAAGGCAGGGAGGAAGGUUGUUUAAAAGCUAAUAAUCUUAUGCAAAUGUGUAAUCAUCAUCAUUGUUACUAUCUCUCGAGCCUUUGUUUCCCAGCCCUCCUGAGCACAAUGUCUGCAGCUCCGGCCAGCAAUGGGGUGUUUGUCGUCAUCCCGCCCAGCAACGCCAGUGGCCUCCGCCCGCCUUCUGCCAUUCUGCCUACCUCCAUGUGCCAGCCCCCAGGGAUAAUGCAGUUCGAGGAGCCACCCCUGGGGGUGCAGACGCCAAGAGCCACCCAGCCACCUGACCUACGGCCCCUGGAGACAUUCCUGACAGGAGAGCCCAAAGCCUUAGGGACGGUGCAGAUCCUCAUCGGCCUCAUCCACCUGGGCUUCGGCAGCGUGCUGCUCAUGGUCCGCCGCGGUCACGUGGGAAUGCUCUUCAUCGAGGGCGGCGUCCCCUUCUGGGGAGGAGCCUGCUUUAUCAUCUCUGGGUCCCUCUCAGUGGCAGCAGAGAGGAAUCACACCAGCUGCCUGCCUGGGGUCCCAGCAGGGUCUGCAGUGCCUAGUGGGAAUGACUUCACCACCACUCCACACCAGCCUGAUGUCCAGAGCAAAGGGCCUCCCCGCGUACCGUCCGCAGUGCCCUGGGGCAGGCCUCAGCCACAGCUCACCGCAGAGCGCUCAGCUUCCACGGAGACAGCAGAAGGGCCAUCCUGCUGCGAUCCCAGGGAAGGGGAAGAAGAAAACGCGGUUACCGAGACCACAACCACUGCGCCUUGGCCAUGGGGAGGGCGUUGGCGGCUGGCAGGGGAGCUGCUGCCUCUUUUCCUCUUUCCUCCUCUCCUUUCCCUCUUUCCUCUGUUCCCCUCCUGUCUCUCCCUCCUGCAGGUGAGGAGCAGCCUGGGAACCAACAUCCUCAGCUCCAUGGCAGCCUUUGCCGGGACGGCCAUCCUGCUCAUGGAUUUUGGUGUCACUAACUGGGAUGUGGGCAGGGGCUACCUGGCUGUGCUUACCAUCUUCACCAUCCUGGAGUUCUUCAUCGCCGUCAUUGCCACCCACUUUGGAUGCCAGGCCACUCGCACCCAAGCCAACACGCCUGUGAUUUUCCUGCCCAACGCCUUCAGCACAGACUUCAACAUCCCCAGCCCAGCGGCCUCUCCGCCCCCCGCCUAUGACAAUGUGGCAUAUAUGCCCAAGGAGUCCUCGGAGUAGGAGAUUGUGGAGUCCAGCCUUGCCCCUCUGGUCCCAGCCCACGCCCCACCUUCCUCUGGGGCGGCCUU